CUCGGCUCGGUGUGACCUGGAUCUUUAGCCCCGGUGCUCUCACGGUUCCCCCGGAGGAGAGGGGUCAUCAUGGCCUCGCUGGGCCCGGACUCCGCGGCCCGCGUCCCGCUGGGCUCUCCGCCCUCGAACCGGAACCCGGCCCCGAGCCGCGGCUUGGAGCGCAGCCUGGAGGAGGCGGCGGCCAGCGGGGUGCUGAGCCUGAGCUGCCGGAACCUGAAGGGCUUCCCCCGGGGCCCGCAGGACCUCAGCGACACGGUGCAGGCAGACUUGUCGAAGAACCGACUGACAGACGUCCCCUCAGAGGUCUGUCACCUGGUUGCCUUGGAAACACUAAACCUGUAUCACAACUGCAUCAGGACCAUCCCAGACGGCAUCAUCAGCCUGCAGUCACUCACCUCCUUAAACCUCAGUCGGAAUCAGCUGGGCUCGCUGCCGGCCUGUCUGUGUGGUUUACCUCUGAGGGUCCUGAACGCCAGCAACAACAAGCUGGUCAGUCUGCCAGAGACCAUCAGACACCUGCAGCACCUGAUGGAGCUGGACAUCAGCUGCAAUGAGAUCACGGCUCUUCCUCGACACAUCGGGCGACUCAAAGCUUUACGAGAACUCAACGUGCGUCGGAACCUCCUCUGCGUCCUGCCAGAAGACCUGGCUGAGCUUCCUCUGGUGAAGUUUGACUUCUCCUGUAACAAGGUCUCCACCAUCCCAGUGUGUUUCAGGAAGAUGAAGCAGCUUCAGUCGCUCCAGUUAGAAAACAACCCACUGCAGAGUCCACCCGCACAGAUCUGUUUAAAGGGGAAAGUUCACAUCUUCAAGUACCUGAGCAUGGAGGCGUGUCGCAGCGACAAGAUGCCCGACGCCCUCUACCUGCCCGCCAUCGAGCGGCUCAGCCUAUCACGGCCCAGCACCGGCAGUGUGGAGGACAUGGAGCAGCAGAGGAAGCAGGACAGCGACUCAGGAGUCGGCAGCGACAACGGAGACAAGAGACUGUCUGCGACCGAGCCGUCAGACGAGGACAGUCUGAGUCUCAACGUGCCGAUGAGUCACAUCACAGAGGAGGAGGGAAUGAGUAGAGACGACUCCAGUGAACACAUCAGCUCCUUGACAGCAGAUCCCAACUCGGAGCCGGUGCGUCUGAUCGAGGAGAGUCCCACCGAGGCCCUGAAGGACCCGUUCGGCUACAGAGACUCGGCGCUCAGCACUCGCUUCGUCAACUACAUCAAGGGUCGGUCGGCAGCAGACUUCGACGAGCCCCUCAGGAUAGAAGAAGACUCGCCGUGGCAAACGAAACAAACGUCCAAGGUCCCUGGGGGCACGGAGCUGCACAUGGACAUGAUCAACCAGCUGCAGGAGGCGGUGGAUCUGCUGCAGGAUCCCAGCAGAGCGAGCACGGAGCAGGACGAUGUGUCUGGAGUCCGUCUCUACCCGGUGGAGCUGGUCACCGUGGACGAGUCCCUCAAUGGUCAGGACAGCGAUGACGGCAGCACCACGCCAAAGCGACCUCCAGCCGCCGGACACCCGCCCUUCUCCAGCCCGCCGUUUGGACUGAAGCCCCGAUCAGCCCCGCCCUCGCUGCCCUGCUCGCCCCCUCCUUCCUGUCUCGACCCCUCCCCCCUCUCACAGGCCUCGCCCCUCCGUAGAGAUACUCCGCGUAGCCAUGACGACGGAGGCUCGCACAGCCGCGUUUUCCUGCGGAGCCACAAGAGUCUGGAGUCUGUGGAUCCUCAGUUCACCAUCAGGAGGAAGAUGGACCAGCUGAGAGAAGAGCUGGAGCUCAUGGAGCAGCUCAGAGACAGCAUCGAGAGCCGGCUGAAGGUCGUCCUCCCUGAAGACCUGGGCUCGUCUCUGAUGGACGGCGUGGUGCUCUGUCAUCUGGCCAAUCACAUCCGCCCGCGCUCCGUCGCCAGCAUCCACGUCCCCUCGCCCGCAGUGCCCAAACUCAGCAUGGCCAAGUGUCGGAGGAACGUGGAGAACUUCCUGGACGCCUGCAGGAAGAUCGGAGUCGCUCAGGACCACCUGUGUCUCCCGCACCACAUCCUGGAGGAGAAGGGUCUGAUGAAGGUGAGCGUCAUGGUGCACGCUCUGUUGGACAAGGCCUCCCCCAAACACGCCUUCCUGACGUGAGCAGAGAUGGGCGGAGCUUCCACCGACCAACACGCUCAACAGACGCACGCCGGCAUCGACACGCCGACGCUCCGGCGCCACCGCCGAGGCCGCUCUGCCUCAUCCCAGUAACAGAGUGUUUUUUAUUAUAUACAAGGAUGCAAAAUGGUUUUAAACGAACUAAACUGAUUUAUUUACUAAUUCACACGAGGGAACUUCUGGGUGAAUCAGAAUCUAACAAGCAGACAGAUUGAUGGAAGAGCCGGUGUCUGAUUGGACGAUGUAAACCAAUCACUUCUUCAGGUAAACACGAGAAACACAAACAGCUGAAGGUUAAAAAUACAACAACCAUCAUAUAUAUGCAGACGAUCAAUGACUGUAUAUGAAGCUGGAUGAUUCCUCUUCCUCCCACUGAACAGACAUCAAGCCAAAUUAUUUCAGAUGUGGAGACUGACAUCAUUUAAAGCGUUGCCACAGUCUCUAAAUAUCAGGAAAUCAAUUAUAACCAAACUUAUCAGAAACAUGGAAUAUUCAUUUCAUGUUGUAUUUAGAUUUAUUUAGUUUGAUCCAAGUCCUAUGUACUAACAUGGAGGAGGUGGGUUUAUACCGGCACCGCCCAGCAGGCGGAGAUCCAGAUGUUUUGGCUUCAUGUCGUCCAUCUUGUUUUCCAGUCCACAUCAGGACCAGUAUCAGGGCCACUGGGGAAACUUCUCAAGAAUAAAUUCUAAAUUAGUUUGAGGGAAAAAGUUACAUUUUGAUAAAACUCUGAACAGACCGAGUCAAUAUUUGAGAUUUGAUUUGAUGAGGAAAUAGUUGAAAUGUAAAAUUAUGAUUCAUUUGUAGUUUUACUUCAAUGGUUUGAAAUUAAUAAGUCAUUUU